AUGGCCCAUGGAAAUCCAAGAGGAGAACUCGCCUGCUGGAAAAACAUGAAGAAGCCCCAGGAGAUGAGCAAGGGAAAAAGAGAAGAGGACAACUCGACUACCUCUCAGAGAAAGCCGAGGGAUUCUGAGAUUAUGCAACGAAAGCAGAAAGCAGCUAAUAAAAAGUCUACGCAGACAGAGAAAAAUGAUGACUGCCCAAUCUGGAAAACCUGGCUGUUACCGUCAACUAGGUGA